AUGGAUAAACACGAUGAUGACGAUAACGACGAUGACGAGGGGAUGAUGUGCUCUCCCGAUAGCAACCAGGGCAAAUGCGAGAGUCUUGGUAAGAAAAUUGACAAGCACAUGACUUGCUACAGAUAUGGGGAUGAGAAGUGCUCCAGCUCUCACUGUUGCGAGGACCACCACGGGGAUGGUGAUGAUAGUGAUGAUGAUGAUGAUGACAAAGGCGACAAGAUGAAGUGUUCUCACGAAACCAACCAAGGCAAGUGUAAAAGCCUAGGCAAGAAUGUAGAUAAGCACGAGACCUGCUACAGAUAUGGUGACAAAAAGUGUGCCAGCUCUCACUGUUGCAAGGAUAAGAAGUAA